AUGAAUUCGUCAAAUGCCUUGUUAAGCAGGAUAGUGGCCUUCGGAUUUGGAAACCUCGUAAAGCGGCGCGGAAUGAAGCAGCUUCGCUUAGAUGCCAUUCACUACAAACUGAGCUCUGAGCCGGGACUACAGAUGGAGCCGGAGCCUCAGAGGCGCCUGGAUGACACGAAUUACAGCCCAGGGAGAUGGACGGAGCGGAAGUAUCAGGCCACCUGGAGGGAAGCUGUCAUCGAAAAUGAGCAAGGUGACGAGGAGGCGGGGGUCCCACACUCACAGGAGGAGCGACCACCCGUCCGGGAACUUCGCCGAGCUGUCGACCCAACAAGGCGCCUCCAGAGGAUUGCCAUUCCGGCCAACCAAUUCAUCUCGCAGCUUAUCUCAACCCAAAGCAGAAACAAAAGGCGUCACGUUGAAGCUGCCGCAGAUCGAAUGGCGUUUGAUGGAUACCAACCGAUCUAAAG